GAGCGCGAGAUGGCUGCAUGGCAGCGCACGCUUACUCCAGACGACAUUAAGCGCGAGAACGCUUACCGCGCGGCGCAGCGAAAGGCAGGCAAAUCGCGUAAGGGUAACAUCAAGGAUCCGAACGCACCAAAGAAGCCGCUGUCCGCGUACUUCAUGUUCUUACAACACAUCCGCGCCGACCCAGAGCGCGUUAAGCAAGUAUUCGGUGACGAGAAAGAAACUACAGCACAGAGUGUGCUUGCUGCCCAGACAUGGCGCGCUAUGACCGAUGAAGAUCGCAAGGUGAGCUUCAUUGAUUAUUUUCUUUCCUUUACCGUUCCCCCCUCCCAGUUCGUGUCUUCUUUUUCUUACCUGUCCACUUUCACACUUCCUGUAUUGCCUCCCUUCGUACUGCCUUUCCGAGUAGGGAUUGCGAUUGGCAAUUUCCCUGUCUUUUCCCCUGUUUUUGCAUGA